AUGACGACGCACACGACGACAACGACUACGACCAGGAGGGCACCCCUCACCAACAACCCCAACGCGAUCAACUCUCCGUUCCAGAUGACAGCGGCCUCCACCAAACGCUCGCGGUCCCAGAGCGCACAGAAGGACGCCUCCUUCGGCCAACCCCCGCCGAAAAAACAGGCCGUCGACAUCAACCCGGCGAUCCUACGUACGCCUGUUCGUCGUUCGCCUACUACUACGGGUGCACCACCGCCUUUUGUCGAUAUCGCCGGUCGUGGGCGUAAAGUUCAGCCGGAUGCUCCCUUCGCAAUCGAUUCCACCUCCCACGCCGAGCGUGCUCGUAAGGCUUCAAAGGCUGUUGUGCAGCAGAUACCUCAAGCACCCGGUGCCGACCAGCAGACGUUGGAUGUGAGAGCCUGGCAAAAGCAUUAUAGGAAGGCUUUUCCAGCAUAUGUUUUCUUCUUUGAGAGCAUUCCGCAGGAUGUCCUGUUGAAGGCACAGAAGCAGAUUUCGACCUUGGGAGCGACGUGUGAGAAAUAUUUUUCGGCAAAAGUCACCCAUUUGAUCACCAACCGUACCCUACCGUACGACAACUCCUACGCUGCGACUGCUAAAUGGAACUCGCGAACCACUGUCAAUCCGGCGUUGAUAGAUCAGAGGGCGGAUCAGCGCAAGAGUACACGUGGUGGUGGAACCGAUAUCUUACUCAAAGCACGAGAGUAUGGUAUGAAGAUCUGGGCUACCGAAAAGCUUGACCGCGUACUCAAUGUGCUUUUCGGAUUCCCCGCCGAGAGACCUUCGUUGACGGCCCCAAGCCGUCGGGAUGCACCCACCCACUCGAAGUACGUGGAGACACAGCCCAAUGUCGACCUCUCACAUCUGCUGCGCAAUGAGAGACUCCACGGUCCCACGGAUCGUGACCCUAAUGUGGCUGCCAAAGAUCUGCACUACUGGAAAGGACCCUACAUCUACAUCCACGACAUGUUUGGUAUCAACCGUCCUGUCAUCGUGCGGGAGUAUCCUAAAGUGCAGCGACGGGAGGAUGGCACGUGGCCGCAGUUCCGGAGUGUCAGUGGAGGAAAAUGCCCUUUCAUCGAAGAGGCAGUUCACCAGCGACGGGAUAGGGAACGAGGCAUUGUUAGGGAGAAAGUCGAGCAGCCGAAGGCAGCCGAGAAGGAGCGAUCGAAGGUCGCUGCUGCUACGGCAGAGGCACGCAAGGACAUCAAGCUGAUAAAGGAGGCUAAGCCUGUGUCUAAGCGUAUCCUUGCCGAGCUCAACGCUGCCAAUGGCAAGGCUACCACUGCCCGCCCCGCCAUUGAGGCCCCGAAACGCGGCACUCGCCUCGAGGGCACUGUUGCCUUUACCGCCACGAACGAGUCCGCGUCCCAAGCUGGCCGUCGCUCCAAUGUUGAACCUUGCGCAUCUGGUGUGCAGCCAUCCAAUGUUACUUCUGCUAUCCGUUCGCAAAUGGUUUCCUCUCACCAAGACCAGCCCGGCCACCGUGCUGGAACUAGCAAGGAAAUCCAUGCACUGCACAGGAAAGUAGCUGGUAACGUUUUGAUGGGUAAUCCAGCUGCGAAGUCUGCCAAUAUGGCACGACGAUCGACCGAUCUCCUCGCGAGAGCUGCCGAAAACGAGGCCAAGGCACGGGAUGUCGAUGGACGCUCGAAAUUGCUCAAGCCGGUAGAGGAGGAUGUUGGAUGCACGAAUCAACGGGCGGAGCGCAGUCGUGAGACGCCGGUAAUCAAGAAGAAGACUAAGGCGGAGCCCAAGCCCGGUUACUGUGAGAACUGCCGAGAGAAGUUUGACGAUUUCGAAGAGCACACUCUAUCGCGGCAACAUCGCAAGUUUGCUACCAACAACAAGAAUUGGGAGGAUCUCGACGAUCUUCUCACGCAACUCCGUCGACCAACGAAGGGACCCAGCAGACGCUAUCUUUGA